AUGGCGGCGGCACAGGCCCGGAGGAUUCUUGGGCUGGUCUUUGAGAUCGAGCAUGCUGCCGGCAAAGUCACUACCCCGGCCGAGCUCGGCGCUCUGAGCGCAAAGAGACUGUGGCCUUUUUCGAAGGGCCCAGCUAUUCGAGAGGUGUCCGGCCAACCCCCGGAGCUGAAUAAGGGACCUGGCGGUAAGGAGAAGCUUCAGUACUGUGCGGGUUUCUUCGAUGGAUUGGGACACGUCUUCGAAGAUGGACCUAGCUACCGGCUGGAGCUCACGCUUCCCUGGGAGCAGCGCGAGGCGCUACGGCUCUUCCAACAGCUGUUCGGCGGCAGCAUCGUGCCCAGCGAAGCUGUUGGGGCCAGGCGCUUGCUGGAGCUCAGAGCUCGCCGCGCCGGGAAUUUGAAGUGGGCCGUACGGGGAGAGCCGGGCCGGCACGCCGCCUUCGCGCUAGCGGCCCAGGCAGUUCUCAAGCAGCCGCAGCUGCUGCUGGCAGCCCAUUGGCCUUUGUUCACCUCGUCUCCACGGGCUGCCUUGGAGGGCUGCAAGUGGAUGGGCCCUUUCUCCCGGGCCGAGAUCACCUGGGCCUACGUGGCAGGACUCUUCGACGCCGUGGGCCACAUCAGAGACUCGGGCUCCAACCGCCAAGUCUUCUUGGAGUUCAGGCAAAAGUCCUUUCGAUUCUUAGAAAGCCUGCAAGGCUUUCUGAAGGCUCAGCUCUCGUCGGAGUUUGUCUCGGUAAGGCAUUUCCACCGCCUCAGCCGUCUUUCUGUGGUCGAUGCCACACUUGCCCAGACAAUGCUGCGGCAGCUGCUGCGAGUUGGCUUGAUCUUGCGGAAGGAGGCGGCGCAGCUCGCCCUCUCUCCGCUCCUUCCGAUUCCGAAGCUUCCCCUCCGGCUUCUGGCCGCACGGCGAAGCUUUGUGGAUGACUGCGGCGGACGUCGAAGACUCGCUCCUUUGAGUCAGAGCUUCGAGAAGCACCAGGAGGCCUUCGGCCGGCAAAGCGACGCGGCAGAUGCUCGCCAUGCCAUGCAGCUACUCCGAGUGGCGAAAGCGUCCAUGAGCCGUGAAAGAUCCGAGACGAGGAUCACUGCAACUCUGAGACAUGGAGUUUGCAUUUAG